AUGCAUACUCACCCACACUACCACGACCUUGUCGGGAGCGAAGGCCCCGACUACUCCCCCGGAUAUCCCGAGCAAUCCGAGACUCUCCCUGCAUCCUGGUACAACCAUGCAGACGUGGCCUACGUUGACCCGUACCUGCACUCAUCGCCGGCUUACAACACAUACCCAAGCACCCAGUACAUGAAAGCUUUGGACGGUCGGCGUUCCUGCACCUCGUAUGAUGUUGAUGCUCACGGCUUCAACCCCCUCUUUCUGCGCAUGGACUCGGACAUUAUCCUCCCGCAACGGGGGUUGUUCGACUCUGAGCACGACCCUGAUCAAUACCGCCACCUGCGGCAUUAUUCUCCAACCGACCCUUUGGGCUUUGCGCUGUCCAGCAACACAGACUCGUCCAUCAGCGACUAUGCUCUCAGUCCGGACGUUGCCCGCAACUCACAGGAUCAUGCCUUCACUUAUACCAGCCAGGGAGUCUAUAACACGCCCAUGGCCACUCCCCAAGUCACAGCACCAGCUUGGGAUCCCACUUCGUCGUUGAUGCCCGUCCAUCUGCCCCUGCCCGUACUUUCCCAGCACACUGUGCCAAGCAUGAGGCACCUUCAAGUCACGCCAGACCCUGAACCAGAGCACGAAGAGGUGCCCACAGAUGAGAGAGAUGCUUUCCAGCCCAGGAUCAACCUUCCCGAGGAGCUUGCCAUCACAGAACAGGUGGUAAGUCCUCCUGACUCUGGGACUGAUCGUGGCGCAAGCGACGACGAGACGAUGAAAGAUGAAGAAGAAGAUUCCAUUGCUGUCGAGAGCGACAAUGAUUCCGAAUUCAACCCCAAAGCGAAGCCCUUGCGCAGCAGCAGCACUUUGAGACGCCACUCGUUGCGUGAGCCACGACGGCCGAGAGCAAUCAUCGAUCCCAAAGCGCACAUUACCAAACCCUCGCGGGCCCGAGAAGCUUUCCAUAUCGGCAAUGCCCGUGCCAAGUCCAAGAAGAAGCCCCCUGUCACCAAAAAGACCGACUCGGACUCGAAGAGCUUUCCCUGUGCCUUCCACCACUUCGGGUGCUGCGCCACAUUUGCCAAUAAAAACGAGUGGAAGCGCCAUGUGUCAUCUCAGCACCUGCAGCUCGGCUAUUACCGGUGUGACAUGGAUGCCUGCGCAGACCACCAGAAGGGGUUCAACGACUUCAACCGUAAAGAUCUCUUCACGCAGCAUUGCAGACGCAUGCACGCCCCUUGGUCCGGCAUCCGAAGGGGCGAAGAUGGCGUGUCGAAGAGAGAGAAAGAUAGCUUUGAGAGGCAGCUCGACAUCAUCCGCGCUCGUUGCUGGGUUGAUCGGCGCAAGGCACCACACAAGACCAAGUGCGGCUUCUGCGGCCAGCAGUUCGUCGACGGCAAGGGCUCCAAAGGAUGGGAUGAGAGAAUGGAACAUGUGGGACGACACUUUGAGCGGGAUGGUGCCAAGAGUGAGGAUGAAGCCAUGGAUGACGGUCUCAAACAGUGGGCUGUCAACGAGGGAUUGGUCUUCGAGGGCAAGAAGAAGGGUGAGUUCUGGCUGCUGGGGUUCGAGCCCGCUGGCACUGGUCGAGGGGUGAAAGGUCAGCGCAGGAGCAAGAGAUUCGUAAUGGAGGAAGAGGCUGGGGUGAACGAGGAAGCUUCGAAGAAGGACAACAGCGAUGCUUCGCGGGAAGACGCCGGUACAAGCGACGACGAGGAGCACGAGAGUAUCGAGGUCAAGCGGGAGGAGGUCUUGGCCAAGACCGAGGAGACUUCGGAGGAUGGGGACGCUGAGUCCGACUCUGACCUCGAUGCCGAAGCCGAGUACGAUGAGUGA